AUGGAAAUGCAGUCACUGCCGGCUUCGUCAAGCCGUAUCCUGUACGACGUCCCUUGCGCGGUGUGCCGCGACCAUUCCUCGGGAAAGCACUACGGAGUGUUCGCCUGCGAUGGAUGUGCUGGCUUCUUCAAGAGGUCCGUGAGACGAGACCGCCGGUACACCUGCAAGGCCAGGGCGCCCGGGGCCUGCCUGGUGGAUAAGGCCCAUAGAAACCAGUGCCGAGCUUGCAGGCUGGCGAAGUGCAUCGAUGCAGGAAUGAAUAAAGACGCUGUGCAACACGAAAGGGGUCCAAGGAAUUCGACAAUAAGACGUCAGAUGGCGUUGUUCCUCAAAGACCCAGCGAUGCCUUGCCACGACGUAGGCUUGGCCGCUCCUCCCGUUCUAGACUUGGCUUUACCAAAACACACCUUACUGCCUCCCCCACCAAUGAUGUUUCACAGCCCAUACUCCUUCAGCAGGAUCAAUCUGCCUACUUCCCCGUUAAUGUCGUGUCCAAUAAAGGUCCCAUCCCCUCCUCCGAUAACUUCCAGUCUACUGAGCCCAACAGAACCUGAAGCCAUGUGCGAGGCGGCUGCCAGGCUGUUGUUCAUGAAUGUCAAAUGGACCAAGAAUGUGCCAGCGUUCACCUCGUUGUCACUGUCCGAUAGAUUACUCCUAUUGGAAGAAUCUUGGAGAGACUUGUUCGUGAUUGGCUGCGCACAAUUCCUGCACCCUAUGGAUUUGAAAAUACUGGCCGAUGGGAAAAGUUCUAGAGUUGAUGUCAAAAACGUGGAAGAAUUCGAGAGAGUGUUAGCAGAAGUGGCGAGGGUUCGUCCUGAUAGCAAUGAAUACGCGUGUCUUCGGGCACUCGUCCUGUUUAGGACUAGUUUUAGCGAAAAGUGUGGGGGAAGCAGCCCUGGGCAUGGAGGGGCGGAAUACAGGCGGCUUCAGGACUUGCCGGCGGUGGCAGCACUCCAAGACCACUCGAAUGUGGUCCUCAAUGAGUAUACAUCAAGAGCUUACCCGCUGGAUGUCUCGCGCUCAAGCCACCUCCUCCAACUGCUGCCGACAAUCAGAAGGGUGUCAAGCUCCACCAUCGUGGAACUUUUCUUCAGGGCUACCAUCGGAGACAUCCCCAUAGAGAGGAUCAUUGGAGACAUGUACAGAACUGGCAAGGACACUGUGUCUUAA